CGAGGGGCUGGACUCUCAGCCAGAAUAACUCAACUCCACACGCAGCUAUGACUAAAUGUCUGGAGCCGCCGCCACAGGACAGAGACUCAGGCUGAUCCCGACUUCAGGAAGACGAGAAGCUUUGAGCGCAGCGCGGUUUACCCCUCGACUUCAGGACAGAAAGGAAAAGCUCCGAUUCUUGAGGUGGCUUCAUGUUGAUAUCUCAUGAGUCAUGAGUUCUCAGACGAGCUUUGGGAGCAACAUGCUGUUCCAGGCCAUGAACGAUGACCUGAGUGCAUCACUGGCUACAGCAGACGAGCUAUCCAAAGAGUUUGACUCUUUGCUGAAGGAGGCCUCCUCCUCCUCCUCCUCCACCACCACCACCAACAAGUCUGAGUCACAGGCCAUUUCCAGUAUCUCCAGAGAGCAGCCUCAGUCCACCUGGUUUUCCAGCACCACUAAGCAGGCCUCAGGUGGCAGCAGCAACGGCUCCUCCAGUUCUUCAACUUUCUCUUCAAGCUCAACAUCUUUCCAUCCCACUGUGUCUGUCAGCUCCAGCAAUAAUAAUGCGAGAUCGUCCCCCGUUUUCUCUGCCAGCCCGUCGUCCUCCCCAAAGCUCCAAAGAAGCGCCCACGCUCCACACCGAGUCGGAUCUGACAUCAAACCGCAAAGUUACAGCCAUUUAACUCAAAUCCCGAAGCAUAACACUUUACCUCGUUAUGACAGGAGCCCACGAGGCUCCAUUGGCUCCAUGGAUAGAAGCUCUGCCCCGAACCCCCCCGUGGCUAUUGCUUUGGACCCAUCUGCUUCAGUCCAGACCCCCAUCAACCUGCUCAGCCCUUAUGACAACAGCCAGAUGGGCCGCAGGUCACCUCGACCGGACAGAAGCCCUUCUCCGCUGGCUUUCAAUCAUCCGACGGCCAGCACGCUUCCUCGAAACUUCAGCACUUCCAGGCAACAAGACGAGGCUGCGCAACGGCAAAAGAGCCCCGGCAAGUGGAACGAGACAGAUCUGGACAUGUCUUAUGAAAGGAAGCCUCACAACACCUAUGACAAAACAGAUUGGCUGCGGCCAAUUGUGCCAAAUAGCAACUGGAGAGAAUCCAACCUCGAUGGCCCUCCUUCAGCUGCAAGUGCCAGAAAGGAUCGUUACUCUGCUCCCCAGUUUUCCAGUGGUUCCCUCCCCCGUAAUGCACGUAUAUCAGUACCACCAUUGCAAGCCCACUCCCCUUACCAGUCUCAUCCCAUCUCUCGCAUUUCAAUUCCUCCCAUUUCUACUCAGUCCCACCAGCAUAAACCCAUCCCUCUCUCUGUCAUCAUGCGCCUUCAAAACCCUUACUGGGGAGCAAUGUCAAUUCCCCAACCCAGAGGCUUUGGUGGAGAAAGUGACAUGUCACCUUACCAGCCCACCGUACCCAUCCACCAGCCUGUGCUUCAGCCACAGCUGCAGCCGCCUGAGCUGUGGCAGCCAGCUCUGUACAGUGAUGUGCUGAACCCAGGGGAUAUAGAUGCAGAGUUGGAGCAGCUCUAUAACCCUGUGAAGUUGGAGAACGCUGCCGUGUCUGAGGGUAGCGUGGAGGGCGAGGGCACCAUUCAGGAUCCUCCUCGGCCACUGAGCCCCACCAGGCUACAACCAGUGGUGGCCCCUGGGGCCCAGGCCCAAAGCCAGGCGAUCCCUAACAUAGAAGACGUGCUUGCCAUCAGGGCAGAAAUCCCCCGAGCCCUUAAGAGACGGGGUUCUGUGAACCUUUCAAAGCCCCUAAAGAAGCCCUUGAAUUACCAACCGAACCAGUACAAGCAUCUUAUCAACAAGCUCUUUCGCAAGAAGGACUAUUCUCAGAAGGUGGACAAAGGGAGUGAGAGCAGUGGGUCAUCAGACGGGGAGGAAAGCGCUUUGCCUCCUGCCCCGUUACCUGUACCUCCUACAUCCACAGCAGCUUCCCAAGACAAAAACUACCGUUCGAUUUUACGGCGGCCCAACCGGGAUCGCAAAAACACUGGAAGACGAGCUCGGCUCAGCCCGCUGGUGCUUCUGCUGGAUGGAGCUUUAGCCGGAGAUCUGGAGGCGGUGCAGAGAGCUGUCCAGGAGAUGAGUGACCCCAGCCAACCGAAUGAGGAAGGCAUCACUGCCCUUCACAAUGCUGUCUGCUUUAGACAUCAUGAUGUGGUGGAUUUCCUGGUUCGCAUUGGAGUUAAUGUCAGUGCGCCUGACAGCCAUGGCUGGACUCCGCUUCAUUGUGCAGCCUCUUGUAAUGACCGUCCUCUCUGUGAGUUUUUGGUAAGGAAUGGAGCUGCUGUCAUGGCCAUUACAGAACGAGACCGAGCUACCGCCUCCCAGAAGUGUGACCCUUACACUGCUGGAUAUGAGGACUGUGAGAGCUUCCUGAGGGGUAUGGAGGAGGCCAUGGGAGGGGAUAACAGCGGAGUGCUUUACGCUUUGUGGAGCUAUCCAGCUCAGGCAGCAGAUGAGCUGAGCUUUAAAGAAGGAGACAUGGUUACCAUCCUGCAGAAACCUGAAGGGUCAGACUGGUGGUGGGCCUCACUGUGUGGCAGGGAGGGGUUUGUUCCCAACAACUACUUUGGGCUUUUCCCAAAGGUUCGGCCAAAGUCUCUGUGUUAAGCAGUCUGUGGAUCAUCAGCCCUGACCAACGAGAACCUUCUCAGGAGUCUGUAUGAUUCUGAGAAGGUCACAGAGCUGGAAAACAUCUUUGAUCUGUCAGUGAAGGCUGUACUGACAAGGAUAACUCUUUGUAGUGACUGUGCUGUAGGAUAUUUAUGUGAAACAGAGCUCUAUAACCGAGCUCGGCAGGUUUGGUUACAAAGGGCUCAUCUUCCAUGUUGUUCUGCUCGGCUGACGUUCUGACUCGAAUGGUUACUAAUCAGACCGCAAACAUCAGCAGGGUCAGUGUAGCUCUAUGCUGCACUCACAGGAAAAUCUCAUUACUGAUGCCAUCAAAGAAGCAUCGCAGGGAAAACGAGCAGUUAGGAGUUAGUAUGGAAGUGUUAAUAUUACAUAAUAAAUAUUACUCAGAUGUCUUUGCAAAUAUCUUCUCAGAUAUUAGUGUUAGGAUUCAAGGAUUCAUUCUCUCUGUAUACAGUGAACCUCAAUAACAACCACAUUCAUGACAUAUAUGAGAUUUUUAUUUUAUUUCUUUCAGGAGUCAUGUUCUCCUGCCAGUAGGGAUGGAGGUAGUAGGUUUCCCAUAGUGUUUUUAACCAAACAGGAAUUCCCCAGUAUUUUCUUCUUGCCUUCAGUUUUUAUGCUGACUAUAUAAGUUUACCUUUUUUGAAAGAGUGUGUGUUUUCUGGGGCAGUGAAGUGUGUGUGUGUGUGUGUGUGUGUGUGUGUGUGUGUGCGUGUGUGUGUGUGUGUUAUCAGUGGUUGUUUCCAGUUUUCUUUGUUGCGGGGACCUCUGUGCAUUUAACCUUUAGGUGUGUAGUUCUUCAGCACACGCAGUGAUCAGAUGUUUAAGUCGUGAAUAGACGAUGAGUCCUUCACUGUUUGGAUUUUCACUCAAAUCAUGAGCUGUAUUUGUUUGCUGCGUAAAAUAAAAUUCUGAAAUGUGCCGUACUGACCAACAGAGGGC